UCGAGAGAGAACGUUCGAAAGCGGCGGUCACGGUGAACGCCGUGCAACCGGUCAAACUGACUCUGUCAGAGGAAAAGUUGCCGAACUGUCACUGACAGAAAGAUCAUUCUUGGAUUUUAAGCGUCGAAAUGCAUGAUAGCGCAGUGUGCCAAUGGGAGACGUUAGAGUCAUUUUAAACUCAGGAUUGUGGAAAAAGUAGAGAUAUCUAAUAGAACCGAAGAAGAGUUAUUCUUCAUCCUGUAAAGAUAUUUAUAAAACUGUUGGCUUUGUUCCUGUCAGUAAGGAAAUGCUACAGAGCAGAUUGUUUGAUUGAAAGGAAGACCAUGCGGGUAGCUUUGGUUUUGAUAUUUGCUGCUGAAAUUCUGCUCGGGCCUGUCUUUUGUCAGGAGGGCAAAAGAGAUGACAGCCACGUUGACAACGUUGUCCGUCAAGCUGUGGCCGAUGAAUUCAGCAGCGAAAUUCUCACAAACAGGACGAGAGCAUACCUGUCUUGCGCUUCUGGAGAAAUGGUGAUCAAGCUCAACUUUUCAGAGCCCUUUCGAGGAGUCACCUAUACGGAUUAUGACAGGACAAGCCCCUGCAAAUUUUAUGGCGACGGCAGUCGUUAUUACGAACUCCGCAUUCCGCUGAAGGGAUGUGGCACAAAACAGGAAGCUCCAAGAGUCUUUAUCAACAAUAUUAUCGUCCGCUUUCAUCGAUCAUUGGAACUUGAAGAAGAUGAAAUCAAAACUAUCAUUUGUCGAUAUCCUCCACCCUUAGCGCCUACUCAAGUUCCGAUAGUUCUGCCGCCGCCUACUGCUGCUGUACCAGUUCUCGUUCCACCUAAAUUAUCCGAAGUAGAAUUGCUUCUUAUCAUUUGUGCUUUGCUGUUCCUAACUCUCUUACUACUGGGCAUUGGCAUUGCUUAUUAUUGCCUUAAGAAACGGAAUAUCAAAGUUAUCAAAAAGAGGAAAGCGAUAUCUUCUGGCCCUGGAUCUGAAAUUACCAAACUCAGCGGAUCUACUAUGGGCACACUGUCAAUGUUCGAUCCUAUUCGUAUACCAAGAGCUAUAGCACAAUCUACUUCAGAUUCAGAAGCUGCCUUGCUUACAUCUUUGUCUUCUCAGAAUGGAUCGGGAGAUCAUAGUGAUACUAUACCUUCAGAUUACCCGAGCGAAUCUCCUUCUUCAGUGAAUUCCGAUGUUGAAGAAAUAGAAGGUGGGAGAAGGAUGAUGAUAAAUGAUGUAUCUACAAUGCGGGGUGAUCACUUUAGAUAUGAAAAUACUGCUUUUAUCCCAGAUGAAAUGAGCAGUAUAGUCUCUGGCUAUCCUGAAGAUCAGGAAAAAGCAAACAGUGUGUCAUCUAUCCCAGUUCAGCAAAUAAUGAAACCAAUUGAACCACCGAAAAAGAAAUUAAAAACAAAAGUGGCAAAGGAGCAAGUCUUAACAACAAUAUCUGAAAGAGAAGAUGCCAUGUUCCAACGUGAAGCUCUGCAGAAAACAUACGCUGCUAUGAAGUCUGUUCCCCAUCAGCUUAAUCCGCCUAUAAACUAUACACAAACUUAUACACGAGAAGCACCUCCCAAACCCCCCUCAUCUUAUGCCCCUUCUCUUUACGGAAGCAUUCCUGACAAUGAUAAUCGCUCUGAAGCGGAACUCAUUGAAAAUAUUCCCGUGGCUACUCGUAGACCACCUUCAUCGUAUGCGCCAUCUUUAAAAGGCAGCAUUCCAGAUAAUGACAUAUGGUCUCAUUCUGAAUUGGAAAGUGAAGUUGCUGUGAUGCCCUAUGUGAGAAAGCCGAAACGUGAAACAGCUACGGUAACAGAUUUCUACUUGAGUUCCCAAAAAACUACAGAUAUAGAAGAUGAUAUCAUGAAUUUAAGAAAAACUACUACUCUUCAACACAAGCCUAAAUCUCCGCCUCCUCCGCCCCCGCCACCUCAACCUACUGCUGUAUAUGAUUCACCUUCUGACGUUGAGAGCGUAGAACCAUAUGUAUCAAAGGCUUUACUUCCCAGAAAACCUAAAAUUGUUGUCCAAAAUAUAGAUGACUUAUAUUUGACGACAACAACAGAAGUCCAUGCAACAGAAACUGUUACAAAAACUACUAAAGAUACCAUCGCUCAGCAUGUGAGAACACCACCUCAGUCAACUGAGCCUCCAUCUUCAACUGGAAGUCCAUCUACAAACUGGGAUGUUACUAUUAGGCAUUACCCAAAUCAACCACCUUCGGCUUAUGAUGAGCCAGAUGAUAAAGUUUUAGAAAGACGCUGGGAUGCUUAUUCAGAAGUGAGUGAAAAAUAUCGUGAUGCUGAAAGUACGACUACAGAAAUACCGGCUCAACAGAGACCACGUCAUCCCUCACAGCAUUCGACAAAUACAACUCCUAGGAAUUCUCCUUCCCCUUAUAACACGAUGCAUAAAGUCACCAAGACAAUUCCUCAUCCUACUUACACUAGCAUAAUUUACAAAGUUUUAGAGCCUCCUCCAGUCGAAGGUGUUGAAGAGUUGACCCCAACAAUCAAAGAAAAAUGGCGCACUGUUAUCACCACAGAUGAAACCUUCAGAUACUUAGUUCAAGAAGCUACAACUGUUGAAGAAUACAUUCGUAUAACGAAAGAUUCAAGAUAUGAAAAAUUGUUUGACACGAGGACGUGGAAUGUCAUAAUAAGAGCUCUGAGCACUCCUGACGAUCGAUACCCACCAGCACAAGUGGAACCACCUGCAGAUGUUAGAAAUCCUCGCUAUAAAAAGAAAAAUGAGUUCGAACCUCCUCGAAAUCGUCGUAGCUCGUUACCACCAGUGACAGAAUUUUCUCUAGCGAGAGAUGCACCUCCUUCAAGCUGUGGCAGUGUUCGCUCUAGAAGGACUUCAAGGUCUGGUUCAGUGCCUGAAUAUGACCUGAGAUCCAUGACAGAAGUUGAUGUUGACUUCGCUCAUGCAGAUCGUGAAUCUCUUUGGAGUGUCGACACAGGUUACACUUAUAAAACUUCGAGAAGUCUCGCCGAGAGAUCCACAUCAGAGUUCCUGGAAGAAGUGCCAACAAUUAUAGCUGAACGCCCACAUCAGUACAGAGGUGUUCAACAGCAAUCUCAUUACUACGUUGAACAAUCGGCAGCUGAGUUCGUCCGAUCACAUGAUUCUUAUUUGAGAGAUUCCAACUGUAGGGAAUUCGGUGAAGAUGACUAUCUCCAUAGAGAGCAUUUACCACCAACACCCGGUGGUAAGAACUCUACAAGACCACGUUUCCUAGAACGAUCUUCAACUGAAUACUUCGAAGACGUUCCAACGUUGUCUCUGCCUGAUUUAAGACAGGCAACAACAGAAGUGUCUUCUGUAACAGAGCGGCGAAUGGACAAUGUCGUUCAAGAACUUCGCCAAAAGGGAAAAUUUUCUCGAUCAGAAGUCAUUAUUGAUACUCCAAUCAUGAGGGCUAUUGAUAGAACCUCAAGCAUUGGUGAGAGAGAAGAAAUUAAGUCUGUAACAGAAACUGAUGUUUUAGAUUGGAAAAGAUGAAAAAGUGUCCUUUAAUUGUUAAAAAAAUCAACUCAGUUUCUACUGAUGAGACAUUGCAGGAGAAUGUAGGUAGCAAUUUGUAAAAUAAUGCUUAUAACAAUAUGUAUCUAGUGCCAGCUGUAAUGUCAGAAAUGCUUACCUCAAUUUCUAAGUAACAUAAUAAUAAUUCCAUAUUUGUUUCUUGUAUUUGCAUUUUUGUGUGACAUACGUUUCUUGCAGAAAUAUAUUUUCAGUGUUAUUGAUAAAGUAAUUGAAUGAACUUAGAUUUCUAAACAACGUUAUAAGAUUAUUCAGGUUGACUAACCGCUACUUAUGUAAUUACUUACCUUAAAAAAUUAUACAAGCAGAAGGGUAUUUUUGACUUCUAAAGCAUAAUAGUUUUCAAUGUAUCAAAUGCAGCUGGCACCGUGAAUUUUGUUCGUUUUCUCUUGAUAAGGUUCAUUGUGUGGUGUCUAUGUUUUAAUUUAAAAGAAAAAAAUAUAUUCCAUUCUGCUGUAUUCCUUUAAAAGUUUUCUGGCAUUUUUAUAUUAAUAUGUUUCUAACACAAUUUACACAUGUGAAAUUGUGCUUGAAAAAGCAGCAAUGAACGUAAAGUAAUUAUUUUACAUUCAUUGCGAAACAUUUUUCUAACAUCAGGCAAGUAAACUUUUUAAUUUCUUCUGAAUCCUUAAAAUUUGACGUUAAAAAUUCCAUUAUUUUUACAAUUCAGAUUAUCUCAACUCUGUAAGACGGCUCUCACAUAGUGAAUUUUAAAAAUCUAAAUUCGCAAGCAAUGUUUUCAAAGCCGCGUUUUCAAAAUGUUUACUGUACUUAAAACAUUACCCAUAAAAUUUCAUAACCAUGGAAGAGAUAGAUUUUUAAACUUUCAAUCUAAUUUUCUUUCAUAGUAAAUUACCUUUGAAUUGCAUCUCUAAAUAUUCAGAUCCGUCAAAAGAAAAGUAUUAACGUAAUAAUCUGUCAAAUAAAUUAACUUAACAUGACGUAAACUAUAUACUUAAAAUAUGAGGUUAAAAAUACAUUAUUUUUGAAAUUCAGAUUCUGUCAACGCUGUAAGACAGCCCUAACAUAGUGAAUUUUAAAAAUCUAAGUUCGCAAGCAUUCUUAAGUUGAUUUUGUAAGCCGCCUCACCAAAAUGUUUAUUGUACUUAAAACAUUACGCAUAAAAUUUCAUAGCCAUAGAAAAGCUAGAGUUUUUAAACUUUUUUUUAACUUUCAAUCUAAUUUUCUUUCAUAGGAAAUUAUCUUUGAAUUGCAUCUCUGAAUAUUCAGAUCCGUCAAAAGAAAAAUGUUAACGCAAUAAUCUAUCAAAUAAAUUAACGUAACGUAAACUAUGUACUUAAAAUUUGACGUCAAAAAUUACAUUAUUUUUAAAAUUCAGAUUCUGUCAACGCUAUAAGACAGCCCUAACAUAGUGAAUUUUAAAAGUCUAUGUUCGCAAGCAUUCUUAAGUUGUUUUUGCAAGCCGCGUUUUCAAAAUGUUUAUUGUACUUAAAACAUUAAGCGCAAAAUUUCAUAACCAUGCAAAAGCUAGAUUUUUUUAACGUUUUCAACUUUCAGUCUAAAUUUUCUGUCAUAGGAAGUUAUGUUUGAAUUGCAUCUCUGAGUAUUCAGAUCCUUCAAAAGAAAAAUUAUAACUUAAUAAUCUAUCAAAUAAAUUUACGUAACGUAAGCUAUAUAUCACAUAAUUUGUUUCUCAAUUAUGUCUCAUAUUUUAGGAUUCGUAGGAAAUGCCAUUUUUCCCAUUAAAUGUGAACUUUUGAUUACGCUAUAAUUUAAAUAUAUUUUCAUUCAAUUAAAUUGAAUAAUUAGCACAGAAUGUCAUCAAGCAUUGAACCUUAUCGACAGAUUUUUGGUAAAUGUUGAUAGAUAGUGGAGAUUUGAAUGAUUAUGGAAGUUCAUAUGAGAACUUUAUUAACUUAGUAAUGGGAUUGGACGACUAAAGAGGUGCAGGUCGUGCUAACUAAUCCCUUAUAUCUGUGGAUAUCAUCAUAGAUAUAUUUCAUAGUUAUUAAAAGAAACAUUUGAAACUACUUUCUGUUAAGGAUUUCAUUGUAUUUUGCUGAUGAAAAAUCGCACCUCUUGAUUUUGGUUUUUUUAUUGUGAUGUGUACUUAGAUAUUAAAAAUUCUCUAUUUCAAAUAAUAAUUUAUCAAAAUCCCUUUCAUUGAAAAUACGCUUAUUUAAUAUAAUAAUAACUUAUUUCAUUGCGUCAAGUUCAAUAACGCUUAUUAGGUGCUUAAAUGUUUAUAUAAGUAUUUAAUGACUUCAACGAAGAAAACUUAAUUAAAUUCUAUGAGUUUUGUUCAUUAUAUCUUGCUCUGUUAUUUCAUUUAGUUUUGUAAAUGUUUUUCACGUGUAAAUAAAGCAAAAAAUGUUGUAAUACUUUGAAAUCUGAAAAUAAGCAUAAUUUAACACAUUUUUAAUUGAAAGUAUUUUUAAUUUUGCUUGUUCUGUUAUCAGAAUUUACGUAAAAUGAGAGAGAUUUUUAUGCCAAUUCUCUCGCUCCUUUUCUUUAAAAAAUUAUUACGCGAACUGAAGUUCAUCCAAUUAUGCAUUGCCAAUUAUAUGAAAAUACAGUAAAAAUAAUAUAAACAUAAAAAAAAAAAGAAUUUAAAGAGUCACGACUAAAAAUUUAUGAGCUGCUGCUAGUUCAACCAGCCUCAAAACUGCCAUUUUAACUGUAUUUAAAAAGGUAUUUUUUAUAUUCACACUGCCAAUGUAUUCUAAAUGUUUUAAAAUUCCCAUUAAUUGCUUUCGUUAAGACAUAUUUUUUUAAACAUAUCUAUUUAUAAAUGAUUUUUUUGCUUUUUUCAAACGAUGGAAGACAGUAAAUGCUGUUAAAACUGUACUUUAAAAUGCUAUAAGAUGUGCAUUGUAAAAUGCUGUGAGAAGUGUACUUUAAAACUGAAGCUAUGACCGCAAAAAAAUUACAUCUUAUAAGAAUGUUGUGAUAAUAAAAGGCCGUUAUAUGAUACUUAAGCAGAAUCUUAAAAAGUCUAGUAAAGUCAGUCUUCAGUUUGUUAUUUAGAGAGUAGUAGUAAAUGAAGUUCGUAAAUGCUGCAUAGUUGUAAAUGCUAUUGGACAGGAAGAGGAAUUAAUUCAAAAGUUAUGCUUAAUUAUUGUGCAAUUUCGUAGUAAUCGAUUAUAAAUACUGCAGCAGAAAGAUAAAAGGUUAGUGGAGAAUUUUAGUUCUUUAAUUGCCUAAAAAUUAGGAAAGCCAACAACCUUGUGUUUGGCGUAAAUUUAGUCGUCACAUUUAUAUCCUUCGGCAGUAAAGUGAAAGAGAAGGUUGUGCCAUCUCUCGGCAAAAAUAGUAACAACACUGAAAAAUCAAUUGAAUAGAAUUUUGAAAGCGUUAGGAAGGAGUGGAUUGAACUUAAAAUCAUUAACUAAACAAGACAACUCUUUGUGAACGUGAAAAGCUUCAAGAAAAUCCAGUUCAUGAAUCGAAAUUUGUGAGUAAUUUUUGCAGAUCCAAAGUCAAAAUUAUAGUUAAAUUUCCGGCAAUGAUUAGCAACUGAGUCUGACUUGUUUGCGUCAGCUGCUUUCCAAUCUUGCUUCUUUGCUGCUGAUAAAGAGGCACCUGUUAGCUGUUUGCCUUCGAAAUCGUUUGAGACCUUGACUUAAUAUGUGCCGAAUACAAGGUUCUUACUUUGUUAAUUUUGUGUUUCACUUUGGAGUUUUUCUCUUCUGUUUGAUUCUUUAAUUAUCUAUCAAAAUUAAAUAUUUGAAAUGAACUAAAUCUUAGAAUGCAUUGCUUAUUUCCAAAAUCACAUUCGCAGCUUUUAUAAUAUUAUAAAGUCCACCAUAUAAUAUUCUUUAUCUAAAUUUCCUAUUGAAUAAAAUUAAACUCUAAAAUUAUAACUUUUAUUAUCCUAUAAAAUUUAUUAUCCUAUAUCCUGCAAUAUGUUGUAUCUAAACGAAAAAAUGAAGUUUUUCUGUGGUAAAGAUCUUAAAAUAAAAUCAUUUUUUAUUAUAUGGUCAUAUUUUAUAUUACUAUUAAUAACGUCUUAUUUUCUUUAGCAUUGUAUUUUCUGUGGUUCAUUAUAAAGCAUUCUAAAUGUGAUAUAUUUGUUUCAAGUUUAAAAAAGGGCUUUUUUCAGUUUUCCAGAUAGAUACGUAUCUAUACUCUUCCUAUCUGGUCAUCUGAAAACUUUGCGGUUUUAAGGUUUUCUAGUCAUUUUGGUUUAGGUUCUAAUGCACUGUUGAUAAUUUCUUUGAAUGUUCUUUUCUUUAAAUGUAUAUCAGUUGUUUCAAACUGUUUGUUUUAAACUAUGAAUUCCGCAGUGAAAUCCAGCACUAAACCUGGAACAGAACAAUAACUUAAAUGUUAACCUUGUUUUUUAUUAAAAAAUCUAAUAAAGUACUUGUAAAUGUG